UUUUUGUGAGUUGUUUUAACGGAAGAGAUUUUUUGCUGAGUCAGCCAAUAUUAAACGAAGUUCGCUGUGGUUGCUCCACGUGAGCAAACAGGCUGUGUAAUGAACACACGUAAGUUUUAGAAGAACUUGUUGAAUCACUUGCACAAACACACACUCUGUCGUUUAUUUAUUAAUAAAAAAACUUGAAAAAUAACUGCAAUAAGAUGGAGAGCAGUAAGUCCAAUAAAAAAAUUAAAACUCAUACUUGAUCUUAGAUAAUUUCAAGUAUAACCAAAAAUAUGAAUUUUCUACUAGUUUUCAUCUUCGUUGCCACUAUCGUCUGUGUUCACACACACGAAGAUCAUAAUCACGUUAUAUCAGAAAGUGAACACUAUAAAAAAGGAAGCGAACAUAAUACUGACUAUGACCAUGACGCUUUUCUGGGAAAGGGACAUGGUCAUGAUUUUGACAGUUUGGAACCUGAAGAAGCGAAAAGAAGACUUGUUUUACUGAUAAAAAAGGUUGAUAAAAAUAGCGAUGCAUUUGUUGAAUAUGACGAGCUUCAGAAAUGGAUUAACUUACAACGCACUGCUUACAUGUGGGACACGAUUGACAUGAUCAUUCGAAGAGAUGACGACGAUAGAAAUGGCGACAUAUCUUGGCCCGAAUACAAACGUGCUCACUAUGGACAGUGGGAUGAUGAAGCUUCUAUUGACCCGAAACUUAAAGUGAAGAUCGAGAAAGCAAAGCAUAAAUUUGAAAUCUCUGACGUCAAUAACGACGGCGAGUUAAGUCGUGACGAAUAUGUGUAUUUCCGUCAUCCAGAAGAGAGCAGUAACAAGUUGUUACAGGAGAUAGCUGUGGAUGAAGUGAUUGAUGAGAUGGAUCAAGAUGGUGACAAAAAUAUUGACUUGGAUGAGUUUCUUGGUCAAUAUGUUGACGACGACAAAGAUGAGCCACCAUCUUGGAUUAUUGACGAUAGAAAACAUUUUGCGGACCAGCUCGACCACGACAAAAGUGGUGUAUUAGAACGAGCAGAAAUGAGGGCAUGGGUUCUCCCUAAUAAGAAUGAUACGAUUGUGGAAGCAAACCACCUAAUAAAAGAUGCAGACGAUAAUGGAGAUGGUAAACUUAGCAUUAAAGAGAUUUUAGACCACUAUCAUUUGUUUGUUGGGAGUACAGCUACAGAUCAUGGAAGAGCUCUUCGAGAAGAUCUGUAGUUAAAAGUGA